CAGUGUUCUGCCGGUCAGUGAACCAAGUUCACGGUCAUUGACCGGAUUGCGUGGGAAAGCUGGCGAACUUCGUCGACGUUCAUCUGAACACGACUUUCAGGAGUUUCCUGGUCCUACUGUAACGAACUAUACUAUAUCUGGUCAAUGCUAGAAUCUUUGAUUAUCCUCGUGCCGCUUCACAUAUCAUUACUCACAUAAACGCAUGGUUUUCGUGUGUUCGGUUCAAGGGUACGUUUUAAGGCUUAGAACUCGAAGAUGGACUCCCGACUUUUGACACACCAUGAAGAUCGGCAAGAGAUCAAACCAAGGAUGGUGGUGGGAUCACUUCGUGGAGCACCCAGGUUAUGCUGUCAAAGACCCAGCUUCGAUGGUCAGUGGAAAGGCAAAGGUAGUGUGUGCAAGGCUCUAUGAGCAACGUGUUGCGCAUGAGGAGGCAAUGGAUGAGCAGCAGGUACACUUGGGCCAGCGAGAUGCACCAAGGGACGAAAUGGCAAUAGCAGGCACUCUUUGGGCUAGUGGCCCGAAUGAUCCCCAACGCACCUGGUUAAUCAGUCGGCCGACAACACUAUUAUGUCACUUACGUGAUUGUGCAUUGCACUCUGAGGAUGUCCGUUCGCAAGCACGGCUGGAAUACAAAAUGGCGCAAUCGGCUCUCAACUGAGACACUCACCCUUCUGGCAGAACUCAAGAUGUAUGUUCACGAAGAGCAUGUACGCAACGAUGUGGUCAAGAAGUGGCUUCGACG